CCGUAUCAAAGUGAUUUAUUAAUAAGUGCGCGCUCUGAUUGUUUAUAUACAAAAAUCCGUAAAACAUUUGAUUGCUGUAAGUAUUAUUUAAUAAAAUGAGUAAACAAGUGUACGGAACAGCUAAAAACCCUCCAUGGGCUCGAACAAACACCACGACCCAACAGCAGCAAGUUCAAAAUAUUGCAAAUUUACAAACAGCAUCAAUUUUAACCAACAUCCAACAGCAAAACAUGAUGCAAUAUCAGCCCCCACAACCAUUAUUCGCUCAGAACCUAGGAAUACAGCAACAGAUCCAAAAUCAAGCCAUAGGCAUCCAGCAAAUGCAACAAAUAAGCCAAGGACAGAUUUUUCCUCAAAUGACAGCUGUGGCUUAUCCAAAUCCUAGAGCUAUUAACAGCCAAAGUUUCCAGCCAACACAGCAAGUAACUACAACUACUACCCAGCAGGCCCCGAGCACCAAACAAAGAGUAUUCACAGGCACUGUCACAAAAAUCCACAACGAUUUUGGUUUUGUCGAUGAUGAUGUAUUCUUUCAAACAAAUGCUUGUGUCAAAGGUUCAAAUCCAUCUCUCGGGGAUAGAGUUUUGGUUGAAGCCACUUUUAGUUCUAAUAUGCCUUUUAAGUGGAAUGCUACGAGGAUACAGGUCUUGCCAUUGAGUAAUAAUGCUAAUAACAGAAGUAGCAAAGGAUUCUCUCAGACUUCUAAAUACAAUGCUGUUCCUCCUCCGGAGCCUAGUCAGAAUGGAAGUUUUGGAAGUAAUAGGAGCACUUCGAGGAGUAUUACUAAAUCUAGUGCUCCACGGAGGUCUGAUAAAGAUAGGAAGGAGAAAGAUGACAGACAUCGGGAUUCUGAGGCUGAAGAAGCUGAGCGUAGGAAAAGACGUGACGAUCGUGACAGGGACCGUGUAGGUCGUGACAAAGAUCGUGAUGAAAAAGAUAAACACAGUCCAUCUCGCAGAAGAUCAAGAUCACCAAAAAGUCGCAGAAGAAACAGACUGGUUUCCAGAUAUAUGGUGCAGAUACCUAAAAUUGCACUAAACCUUCAUGAAGCGGAUGUUAUUGAACUUACUCGUCGUUACACAAAUCUUUAUAUACCAUGAUUUUUCAAAACUCACAUGAUGUGGGUCGAAGCUUUUCCACCAGACGUCCCGUUUACACUGUCGAAGCCUUGCAGCUUUCAUGUUAUGCAUAAAGAUGUUGAACCGAUUAGUUCGAAGACGAAUGAUGUUCAGGAUCCUCCUGAUGCUGAUUAUCUUUUUUCUGCCAAGGUUAUGCUAAUGAGUAUGCCAGCCAUGGAAGAAGUCUACCGCAAAUGUUGUUCCUUAGCCGAAGACGACAAUGCCGAUGAUGCCACUUUUGUGCACCCAACACGUCUCAUUAAUUUCCUCGUCGGCCUAAGAGGCAAAAAUGAAACCAUGGCAAUCGGAGGUCCAUGGAGUCCUUCCCUGGACGGUCCUAAUCCCGAAAGGAAUCCUAGCGUAUUGAUCAAAACUGCUAUCAGGACCUGCAGAAGCCUAACGGGAAUUGAUCUAUCGAACUGCACGCAAUGGUACCGGUUUGUGGAGCUGUACUACAGACGGAGCGUGUCAACUCACAAGGGUCGACAGGUGCCAGCUCGUGUCGAAACAGUUGUUAUAUUCCUGCCAGAUGUUUGGAGCUGUGUCCCGACCAGGCUGGAGUGGGAUAGUCUGACCGAUGGAUAUCGUCGGCUAUUGCACGGCAAAGAUGACGCCUUCGCAAAAUCCAAUGAAACAGAUAAAAGUGUUACCGAGUCUCCAGCAGAUCCUGCUGCUGCUGCUGCUGCUGCCAGUGCUGGUGCUGCUGCUGGUGUCGGUGUUACUGGUGCUGCCAGCAAGGAUGCCGAUGCAGAGAGCAACAAAUCUAGCAACAUGAUUACAGAUGAUUCCGGUUUGAUUUCUGGUGAUCAGAAACCAGAACCAACACAUUUUUCGGAAUUGGAUCCUAAGACGAUGAAAGUCACCGAUUUGCGGUUGGAACUCGAGGCUAGGAGCAUCAAUUCUAAAGGUUUAAAAUCGCAGCUAAUAGCUCGAUUGGUGAAAGCCCUAAAAGCUGAAGCAGAUAAAGUUGAUCGGGAAGACGAAGAGGAGGAAGCACAAAAAUUGGAAGAAGAAGAGAAAAAAUCCAACGACAAGGCCAAUGAAAAUAGUAAAACUUUGGAGUUUGAUGAAAAAUCCAGAGAGGAAUCGAGCGAUAGAAAGAAAAAACAUGAUGAUAGCAGGAGAGCAGAUGAAAAGGAACGUCUUGCUUUGGAGAAACGUUAUACUUUACCUGAGGCUCCGCAUAUUAUAGUGCAUCCGUCGAAGGUUGCAAAAUCGGGCAAGUUUGACUGUAUCGUCAUGUCGUUGUCGUUACUCCUUGAUUAUAGACCUGAGGAUACGAAAGAGCAUUCUUUCGAGCUCUUUGCCGAAUUAUUCAACGAAAUGUUAAUGCGAGAUUUCGGCUUCAACAUCUACCGAUCUCUGCAAUCGCAACCCGAAAAACCCAAGGAGGAACCCAAAAAAGACAAACCUUCGUCCUACGAUUCCGGCAACAGAAAAUCCACAGAAGAAUCUUCGUCUAAGGUAUCGUCAUCAACUGACGGCGAUAAAAAGGAUUCGGACAAAAAAGCCGAUGACAAAUCGGAAAGGAGCGAUAAAAAAUCCGAUGAUAAAAGAUCCGAAGAUAAAAGAUCCGAUCACAGAGGCGGAAGUCGCGAUGAUGAUGACGAUGACUAUGAUGAUGACCAUUAUAGGUCUUCGAGUCGUUCCAAAAGUUCCAAACGAAAUAAGAUGGUUACAAAAGAUCCUAAUUUGUUGCUGUCGUUUGUCUAUUUCGAUCAGACGCAUUGCGGUUACAUUUUUGAGAAGGACGUUGAGGAAUUGAUAUAUACUCUUGGUUUGGCUUUGUCGAGGGCUCAAGUCAGGAAAAUUGUCAGCAAGGUUGUGUCUAGGAAUUCUUUACAUUAUAGGAAAUUAACAGAUAAACCAAAGGACGAAUCUAGUUCAACUGAAUCGAAAUCAACCGAAGAGCAAACUGAAAAGGAAGAUGUUAAAACUAUUGCCUGCGGGAAUAAAAGAUUUUUACCAAUUUUUGAAAAUGAUGAACAUCCUUUCAAGCGAAUGAAAACAGAAUCAGGAGAAAAAGAUGGUUCGAAUGAUGAUGGUUUAAUAAUGUACAAAGGUGGUUUACUAGAUAUAGAGAAACUAAUGUCUCAAAUGUCGAGAUCGGAAAAGAGUCGCAUAGAUACCGAGCAGCUCUUAGUUGAAAUUAAACAGAAAAAUAACGAACUUUCUUCGGAUAAUUCGAAAGCUCACGGGACUAUUAGAGAGCUUAAUGAAAAGCUUUCGGAUUAUCGUUCCAAGUUAUCUUCUAGCGAACGAGAAGUUAAGGAGUACAAGAUAAGGACCGAUACUUAUGCCAGUUUGGUGAAAACUAUACAAUCAGCUGUUGCAAAUACCGUAGAAAAAAUUACUAGGAGCGAUGAAAGACUCGCAAAAUACGAUGAUAAAAAUUCGAAAGUCAGAACUGAUGAAAAAAAUUUAGUCAAUACUAAUUUGUCACAAAAAAAUGAACCGGUACCAGUGAAAUCUCAAGACGAACAUGAAAUCCAAAAACAAGGAAAUUCAACACAAAAUGAAAAUGAAAAUACAAUCGAUGAUAAAAAUAUUUUCAUACAAAAUGAUAGUUUGAAUGAAACCGUCCUUUUAGUUCCUGAAAAAUCAAUAAAACAAGAAGAUACUACAAGUGAAGAAAUUUCCGUGAAAAUGGAGACGGAUCUAGAAAAUUAAUAGUUUUAAACGACAAUCAUAAUUAUUGAAAUUGUUGCAUAAGAAUAAGAAUUUCA